GGGACACGGAGAAGCGCUCCCUGAAGGUGCCUGUCGAAGCCCCCUUCGCCUCCUGAGGCCACCGCUCCUUCGGACUCUUCUCCCCCUCCCCCUGGAAACCCCGUUCCCAUCCAAUUCUUUUCUCUUAUCGCCUCCCUUCCUUCGUCCCAGUCCCUCCCACUCCCCCCGCAAUCUCUAUCCUUCGUUUGGUAGUCGGGGAGGAAGUUUUCCACCAUGGACCCCAACAACAACAACCGUCUCCACCUGAAUUUCGGGUACAAUGAUCGUGGUUUCAAUGCGGCGGCGGCCAACAACCGCGCCUAUCCCACUACCCCCUCCGCCUUCCCCCAGCCGAUCUACCAAAACCAGGGUCCCCAGGAUUAUAUGGACGCCCAGAACGGUGCUUAUGCUCAAGGGGGUUAUUUCAUGGCCAAUCCUUACCAAGCUCAGGCGGCGUACGGCCAGCCGCAUUACGGCCAGAACCUGCAGUCCCCUCAGCCCGCCUACCAAUCCCGCAUGGGGUACAGUGCCAACGAUGGUACCAACGGCUUGAUCCAGCAGUUUUCCAACCAGGAUCUGAACUCUCCUCGCUCGGGUUUCUUUGCUCGUUCGGCCUCUCCGGCUCAGCGACCCCGAACGGCCGGUUCCCCCGCCCCCGGGCAGCAACAGCCGGGUCACCUGGCGCCCCCUAUGCCUCGUAGCCCUCGCACCCCCGCCGAGAACGAAGCUGGAGAACUCCAGCGGUACCCCGAACGAUACUCCGAGAAUGUCCACAAGCGUGGUAAGGCGGCCAAGGAGUUGGUCAGCGUGUUCUUCAAUGAGAAUAUUGAGCGCGCGCGCGAUCGCAACAUGCGGUCUGCUGAGCUGGACAAGAUGAUCCGCGAGCCGAGUAUCCCCAAGGAGACCAAGUGCAAGGAGGCCGAGGUGCUGGCAAAGAAAGAGUCGAACUUCCUCCGAUUCCUGCGUACCAAGGAGACCCCGCAGAACUUCCAGACCAUCAAGAUCAUCGGAAAGGGUGCUUUUGGUGAGGUGAAGCUCGUACAACGGAAGACCGAUGGCAAGAUCUAUGCGCUGAAGUCGUUGAUCAAGACGGAGAUGUUUAAGAAGGACCAGCUGGCUCACGUUCGUGCGGAGCGUGAUAUCCUGGCUGACUCCAAGGACAACCCGUGGUUGGUGAAGCUGCACGCUUCCUUCCAGGACUCGGCGUAUUUGUAUCUGCUGAUGGAGUUCUUGCCUGGUGGUGACUUGAUGACCAUGUUGAUCAAGUACGAAAUUUUCUCCGAGGACAUCACUCGUUUCUAUAUGGCAGAGAUCGUGAUGGCGAUUGAGGCGGUUCAUAAACUUGGCUUCCUUCACCGUGAUAUCAAGCCUGAUAACAUUCUUUUGGAUCGCGGUGGUCACGUCAAAUUGACAGAUUUUGGUCUUUCCACGGGAGGAAAGAAGACGCAUGACAACUCAUACUACCAGAAUCUGCUCAAGAACUCAACUUCCAAGGACAAGAACCGCAACUCCGGCUACUUCAAUGACGCGAUCAACCUGACUGUGUCCAACCGUGGACAAAUUAACACGUGGAGAAAGUCCCGUCGUGCCAUGGCGUACUCGACAGUCGGUACCCCCGACUACAUUGCUCCCGAGAUCUUCAAUGGCCAAGGGUACACCUACCUGUGCGAUUGGUGGUCUGUUGGUGCGAUCAUGUUUGAGUGCCUUGUGGGUUGGCCCCCAUUCUGCGCGGAAGACACCACCGACACCUACCGUAAGAUCGUGAACUGGAGGGAAUGUCUUUACUUCCCAGAGGAACUCACCCUGUCGCGGGAUUCUGAAGGUCUCAUCCGGAGUUUCCUGUGUGAUGCGGAGCACCGUGUUGGAAGCGAAGGUGGCCAAUUUGGCGGCGCAACGCAAAUCAAGAACCACCCCUUCUUCCGGGGUGUGGUCUGGGAGCAACUGCGCAACAUCCGCGCGCCUUUCGAACCGAGACUGAGCUCGAACAUUGACGUGUCGUACUUCCCGAUUGACGAGAUUCCUCAGGAGGAUACCAGCGCCAUCCACCGUGCUCAGGCUCGCGCCAUGCCGGACGAGCAGGAGGCAGAGAUGAGCCUUCCGUUCAUCGGGUACACGUACAAAGCGUUCAACGCCUUCCAGGGAAAUUGAGGAUAAAGUCGACGACCGAGGUUUUUGUGAACCCAAGAUAGAUGUCAUUGAAGAGUCCGAGAGCGGGCGGGCUUGCAUUGAUGGCUUUUCAGUGGCGCAUAUAGGUUCUGAUCUCGGUAUGACCUUGUGCAUCAGUUUCAUCCAGCAUCUAGCGCAUUUGAUUUCGCCUCCGUUGGUCACGACCUAGCAUUAUUCACUUCCAUUUACCUUAUUGUUAUUGCAUCCGUGUCGCGAGACGACGAUUGCUAGUUACCGACUGUAUCUAGCCGGAAGGAUACAUAUGAGUGGAAAAUCAAGAUCAUGUAUUAGAAGAAAACCGCGAUACAGGACAUCUGUCCAAUUUUCAGCUAGCAGGCUGCCAGUUUGGCCUCAAUGCAUUCAGGAUCGUGGGUGAACGAGU